UGAACUUAUUUUUUGAUGCAUAUUCCGCUGACCGUUGUUUGUGUUGGUUCUGUGGGUCUACUUGAAGUCAAGAUUUGACGCUCGAUAGGGGAAGCCGGUUUUAAGAAAACGCACGGAAUCUCGAACUAAUCGCAACGCAGUUCAUCCCCAGCACCAGCAGCGUGAUGAUCGCGUUCGCGCCAUUAGCCAUCCUAGCGAUCGUUCUAUCGGCUAGCCCCGGUACAGCAAAUACUUUGCACAACAAUCCCUUCGAUGCGAUCAAGGGAUGUCUCCAGUUCGAUGACGUCCCGGGCUACAACGACACCCCGACGUACAUUGCCACCAAUACGUUCCGCAAUGUGGGGCGCACGAGCAGCUCGCGCUACUUCCGGAUCGGUAUCAUGGGCAAGAACGAUGGCCACAUUCGGUUCGGCCGGUCGGCCUUCCCGUUCGACGAGGCGGUCGUCGAGCUAGUCAUCAGCGGUUGGGGCAAUACGCAGUCGGUUGCGCGCCGCCAGACCCGGCGCCGCAAUCAAUCGUUCACCAACGUGCUGCUGAAGGAGGCGUCGACGCCACGGUUGCUGCACAAGUCGCGCCCGCUCGUGUUCCAGCUCGAGGUGUUCGAUAAUGGGCGGGUGCAGCUGACGAAGGACGGCGAGCGGCGUCCGUUCUUCGAGUACAGCGAUAGCGAGAACGCGAUCCCGCCAGACUAUAUGGCGUUCGUGAAGUGGGACGUGGAUCUGGUCUACUUCUACGACUGUCCGCUGAACGAUGGUGGGGCAGGGGCGGUGGGCGAGGAGUCGGUGCUGCUGCGCUGCAGCCUUGCUUGAGGUUGAAGGUUAAGGUCAAACGGUGUAAGGGAAUUGGAAUUAAUAAAUAUGAAAAUAAUUCUUAAA